AUGGGGUGCGGUAUCGGUCACACCGAAUCGAAAUUGAUGCCGGUAGUAACGCACGUGACGAUGAGCAGUCCCAGCAACCCCAAUUGGUCGCUCAAAUCGCGGCUUUUAAUUGCUAAAGUUUUACACAUUGCUGCAAGUGAACAUGAGCUGAAAAAGAACGAUAAUACCAAUAGUUCCGCGGAUGGGAUGCUGGGAUAUGGAUUGGACUUACUGCUCAUCAAGUUGGAUGCAAUGGAAAAUAGAUUACAAAAGAUGGAGAGCAUGCAGGUGCAGUUUCAAGAAUUUCGAUCCAAGCAAGAAGAAAUGUUUUCCGCGAUUCAUAAAUUUGAACAUCAAGUCGCGCUUAGUUUAAGCAAGGUACACGACAUCAUCCAGCAACAUACAUCCAGCCAAAAGAAGAGCAAAGAAGAAAUGUUCACCGUGCUUCAAAAAUUGGAAAAUCAACUCACGCCUAAUUUAGGCGAGGAUUACAAUCAAAAUCUGGAUAAAGUGCACGCAACGUUGCAUAAACUCGAUAGAGACCUCGAAAGUGUGCUAGAAAUUCAAUAUAGUACCAUGCCGUCCUCUUGCAAAGAUGUUUCAUCGAACGUCUCUGAAACAUAUCCGAUCCGUCUGAGCUAUGAUUUUGAACCGUUUCAAGUGUAUUGCGAACAGGAAGCGUUCGAUGGCGGACGGAUCGUGAUGCAGUACCGUUUCGACGGAUCACUGGACUUUUACCGAGGGUGGAAUGAGUUCCGCGAUGGAUUUGGUGAUUUGCGCAAAGAGUUCUGGUUGGGUCUUGAAAAGGUCCACCAGAUAACAAGUGGCCGUAAGCACGAACUGAUUGUUGAGUUAAAAGACUUUAAUGGAACCUACAAGUACGCGAGGUUUGAUGCAUUCAAAAUAGGUGGUGAGAGUGAGCAAUACGUCGUGAAGAAUAUCGGAAAGUAUAGUGGAACUGUAGGUGAUCGAAUGUCCUAUUAUAACGGUAGGAAGUUCUCGACCAAAGAUCGAGAUAAUGAUGAGACCAGCCAAAAUUGUGCGCGGCUCCACGAAGGUGCAUGGUGGUACUGGGAUUGUUCUUGGGAUUGA